UGCAACUCUUUGUAGAAAUGCAUUGACUUUAAAACUUUCCAGUUUAUCGAGGCUUAAAAUGUAGGCUGUAUAAUGAAUCAUAUAAAUUUUCCAAUAUACCUGGAAGCAGCAGUGUCCAUUUUAAAGGUAUUCAGAAAAAUCAGGGUGUGAGUAGAUUCACAUUUUAGGAGGUUAAAUUUAUAAAUUCCAUCUUCCCCCUUUUGGGCAAGUUGCCUUUCAAAUAGAAGGAUUAAUUUACACCAGCCAGGACGCCUUGUAUGACCAUAUUAGUUGAAAUUAGACUCCACCCCUUGUUUUCUGUUGAUCUGCCAGGACCUUUGUAAUUCAAGUGCUUUUUACAGUAGUAGCAAAUGUUACAUAAGACCAAACAUGGAGCAUAUUUGGAGUUGGUGGGCAGACCCAAGUCAUGAUGCAAGCUUGCAGUAGCAAGUGUGCAAUGAAGCACAACCAGAUUAUGUGAAUGGAAGGUGACAAGAAGCCUCUCCAGAACAGCCCUUCCUCCGCACGAGGGCUGAAAGCUCCACUGGAAAGAAGACACAGCUCGUCCAGCAAGCCUUCUUGGGCCGCUCCUCCCACUUCAGUAUUUCCCUUCUUCCCUUCUCUGUCCAAAAGCAAAGGAGGCAGCGGAAGUGGAAGCAACCGUUCUUCCAGUGGAGGUGUUCUAGGCGCAUCCUCAUUAAGUUCCAAGUUGCUGAAAUCACCCAAAGAGAAAUUGCACCUCAGGGGGAACACCAGGCCAAUGCAUCCCAUUCAGCAAAGUAGAGCCCCCCAUGGUAGAAUCAUGACGCCCUCUGUCAAAGUGGAGAAGAUUCAUCCGAAGAUGGAUGGCACACUACUGAAAUCUACGGUGGGGCCGACCUGUCCUGCUACUGUGAGUUCCUCAGUCAAGCCUGGCCUUAACUGCCCCUCGAUACCAAAGCCAACCUUGCCUUCACCUGGACAGAUUCUGAAUGGCAAAGGGCUUCCUGCACCAUCCGCUCUGGAAAAAAAGUCUGAAGAUAAUUCCAGUAACAGGAAAUUUUUGAAUAAGAGAUUAUCAGAAAGAGAGUUUGAUCCUGACAUACACUGUGGGGUCAUUGAUCUCGACACCAAGAAGCCCUGCACCCGGUCUUUGACAUGCAAGACACAUUCCUUAACUCAGCGGAGGGCUGUCCAGGGUAGAAGAAAACGAUUUGAUGUGUUAUUAGCCGAGCACAAAAACAAAACCAGGGAAAAGGAAUCGAUUCGCCAUCCGGACUGUCAGCAACCAACGCAGCCUCUCAGGGACCCGCAUCCCGCCCCUCCUAGACCUCCACAGGAGCCACACCAAAACUCUCACGGAGUGAUUCCUUCUGAAUCAAAGCCUUUCGUAGCUAGUAAACCUAAACCUCACACCCCCAGUCUUCCAAGGCCUCCAGGCUGCCCUGCACAGCAAGGUGGGAGUGCCCCCAUUGACCCUCCUCCAGUCCAUGAAUCUCCACACCCUCCCCUGUCUGCCACUGAGCCAGCUUCUCGGUUAUCCAGUGAGGAGGGAGAAGGCGAUGACAAAGAAGAGUCUGUUGAAAAACUGGACUGUCAUUAUUCAGGUCAUCAUCCUCAGCCAGCAUCUUUUUGCACAUUCGGGAGCCGGCAGAUUGGAAGAGGCUAUUACGUGUUUGACUCCAGGUGGAACCGGCUUCGCUGCGCCCUCAACCUCAUGGUGGAGAAGCAUCUGAACGCGCAGCUGUGGAAGAAAAUCCCACCAGUGCCCAGCACCACAACACCCGUCUCCACACGUGUUCCUCACCGGACAAACUCUGUGCCCACAUCGCAGUGUGGGGUCAGCUAUCUGGCAGCGGCCACUGUGUCUACGUCCCCAGUCCUGCUCUCGUCCACCUGCAUCUCCCCAAACAGCAGAGCGGCACCAGCUCAUGGAACCACACUGAACGCACAGCCCGCCGCCUCCGGGGCAAUGGAUCCUGUGUGCAGUAUGCAAUCCAGACAAGUGUCCUCUUCGUCCUCCUCCCCCUCCACACCCUCCGGCCUUUCCUCAGUCCCCUCCUCCCCUAUGUCCAGAAAACCUCAGAAGUUGAAAUCCAGCAAGUCUUUGAGGCCCAAGGAGCCUUCUGGUAACAGCACUAACUGUCACAAUGCCAGUAGCAGUACCAGCGGCGGCUCAGGAAAGAAACGCAAAAAUAGCUCCCCACUGUCAGUCCACUCCUCCUCCUCCUCCUCCUCCUCCUCUUCCUCUUCCUCUUCCUCCUCCUCCUCUUCUUCUCAUUCCAUGGAGUCUUUUAGGAAAAACUGUAUGGCACACUCUGGGCCUCCCUACCCCUCAACGGUAACAUCUUCCCACGGCAUCGGCCUCAACUGUGUGGUUACUAAAGCGAACUCGGUGAGUGUCCGGCACGACCAGUCAGGGAGGGGCCCCCCCGGUGGGAGCCCCGCUGAGUCCAUCAAGAGGAUGAGUGUGAUGGUGAACAGCAGUGACUCCACGCUUUCUCUUGGCCCGUUCAUUCACCAGUCCAGCGAGUUGCCCGUCAACUCCCACGGCAGUUACUCACACUCUCACACUCCUCUAGACAGACUCCUAGGAAAGAAAAGAAAGUGCUCGCCCGGCUCAAGCAGCGUCAACAACGGCAGCAGCAAACCCACAAAGGUGGCCAAAUUGCCAGCCAUGAACAACGUGCACAUGAAACACGCGGGCGCCAGCCCAGGGGCACAAGGACUGACGAACAGUUCCCUCCUUCAUCAGCCAAAGGCACGUCCCUGACAGCUGAACAUGGCACGGGGAGGAAUAAUCUGGACCCUUUUGACGACAAGUUACACCUCCACUCAGCACUAUGGACUCCACGAUGCCUUUGAGUCUGUUUUCCCAACCUCCUGUGGGCCUCGAGGGUAGGAAUCUGCCGGGCUGUUGUUGUAACGAGGAUUUCCCUGAAGCUAUGUCAGUAGCAGUGAGUACUCGUAAAGGACACUGGAUCAAGUUCAGCCACCGAAAUUGCUUUUAUCAGUGUUAAAGUGGUCUGGACUGCUUGCUACCAAUCUGUGAGAAGUUUUUGCUUUGUUUUUUUAACUUGCAGCACAUCAUGGAGCCGCUCUUUGAGUAGAUUGGCUGGGGGAGAGUAUGUCUUGGCAAAAGCAUUACUGUAGACUUUCUCCCUUCCUCCUCUCCCCGUCCCAGGUGUUUUUCGUACACUGUCUUCUGUGGGUCCCUCUCCAGCAGUUAGGUACCCCAGCUGGAGACGCCUUCCGGAGGAGGGCAGAGCUGCCCCCUGCACAGCCCUUCGCAGAAGGGCUCGGUCGUUAGGUUCUUACAGCAACGCUCCAGGAUUGGAAUACGGACGUUAGCGCGAGGCACCAGGACAAAAUAGCCUGUGUUUUCCCCCAGCCUUUUGCGGGUGAUUUGGGAUAGAAGCUGUCAAGAGUUUCUAACUUACAAACUGGUUUAAAGCCAUUGAUGCCCAGAAAGCGAGUAUAUGACAUUUUAGAGGCUUACUUUUCAUGGUACAAAAGCAAUUCUAUGUGAUUUUUUUUAAAGAAAAUGCAAAUGCAAACUAGUUUUGAUAAUGGAAAGCCAAAUUUUGGUUGGGGAAAGGCGGGGGGGUGGGGUGGAUGAAAUCACUAUGGGGGAAUGUUUUUCCAAGAUUUCCAAAGAGAUGGAAUUUUUUAUCCUUCAAGUUUUCAUGUUAAACAGUAUGGUAGAUUGGGCUGGCUGUCCUGCUCAGUCUCCCAUUUUUAAAAAAUUGCCUUUGUAAAGUGAAAUUAUUAGGAUGCAGCAGAAACUGUCAUUCACUAAGUCAUUAAUAUACUUAAUGUUUCCAGGGCACUCUGUGCAUUACCCUCAGUCUCUGUGGAUACUGUCCUGGGACUCUGUAAAUUUCUGUGUCGAGUGCUCCCCAUAUCGUGUGUGUAUCUGCACUCCCCUUCCUGUCCACGUGUUCAUUUGGAUGCCAGUGGGUGGGGAGCAGGCACCCAGGGAGGGGAGUAGGCAGAUGUGUACGUGUGCCCAUGCACAGAUGCUGUGACGCAUAUAUAGUGUCUCCCCGACAGACCCUCCUUUCUGGGGAUUAAUGCCAGCCAUCUUCCUGAGAGAGAUUUGGAGACCUUCGUGGUUAUUCGUUUAUUUUUUUUGAAUACCCCAUCCCAAAAGACAGAGCUUAAUAUGUUAAAACGUCAUUGCUUAAGAAGGUAUCAUUGAAUUUGGGGGAUGAGCUGGGGCAUUUUAACUGGUGAUUCCACUCUCACAGCUCCUGAAACAAUAAAUAACCCAGGCACUUGUACUUAGAAGAACACACAAAGUUGCCGAACACCACAGGGUAAAUUUCCCAAGGCUCUGAUCAUUGUUCUGGGCAGAGCCUGGACAGAGCAAAUCAGUGCAUCCUUUUUUUCCCUACAGUUUUUGAGUUACAAACUUCAGUUUCAGGGAAUUUCAAGUCAACAACACGUAGAAUGAAUAAAUACUUGGUUACCAGCCUAAUAAUGUGAAUUGCUACAGAAUUACUCUUAUUAUGUAAGACAACGAAAACUUUAUGCAGAUACUUUAGCUAUAAAUUGAUGUAAACUAUUGAUUUUUUUUUUUUUAAGGAAGGGGAGAGGAGUAUCUUGUUCACUUAUUAUGCAAUCAGUAAAUAUUUUUAAAAAAUGAUACUAUAGGAGAGCUUAUUAAGGAGAGCGCGUGGAUGGGCCAGUUUGGUGCAGUUAGGAGAAAUCAGUCUGGUUGUUCCGUCCCAGUGGAGGGAGAGAACGGAGGUAAGGGGGAAUCAGAACGUCUUUAGUUGAUUCCUGGGUGACAAGUGCAAUGGGGUAUGGGUAGAAUUUAUUUUCAGAGCCAAGGGGACUUGAUGGAUAUAAAUAAAGUUGCUUUUAGCAAUGGAAUUUAUAGACAGAUCACGUUGUUCCGAAAGAUGUGAAUAGGACCCAUGAUAGCAAGUUGAUUCAGAAUUAUGUAGAUAUUUAGAUAAGCGAGUGUUGAUCAUUUGAUUUCUUAGACUGAGGUUUUAAUUGAAUUUCAUUAUGUCUCCCGGUAGUACACAGAUGAUCGGGAUUAGGAAAUUAGCCAUUUUGGAUUCUGCCUGCCACAAACAGACCUAUUCUAAACAGUGCUAUUAAAUUUUAGACUGUUCAAAUAUUUUAUUUUCUCCUACAACUACUUUUUAUUAUAAUGAACAAUUAAGACCAUUUAAAACACGGGAGUACAAGUAUUUUUUUGAAUUAAAUUAACUUGCAAAAACCAAAUUUGCAGUGGUUGGGUUGUUUCUAGACAGACUUUGGUAUCAAUUUAAAACCAAGAUAAUUUUUAUAUUCUUUCCAAUAGAAUUUCAUGACAACUCCUGCAGUUUUCUUAACCUACAAAAAAAAAAAAAUGUGCUGCAAUGAUGAACAAAGAAUUCUACAAAACCUACUUUUGUAUCUUUAUUUUGGAAUUUCUUGUUCUAUUAUAAAUAUGGAAGUAUCCCUAUUUCAGAAGACAUAUUUUGUUAAAAAUGAAUUGUACAUAUUUAAAUAUGUAUUUUUGCACAGGUCUUUUUUUCUGAUAUCCUGUUUUGGUACAAUUGAGAUCAUCUAGUAUUUAUUUAUUAAUUAAUAAAAGUAAAUACCUUUUUAUAAUUUGAAGUGGUUCACUGCCAAGCCAAUAGUUCUAGAACCUGCCUCCUUUACAGUUUAAGGGAUGCCUCUGUUCUGUGAAAGUCUUGUUGUCCCUUUUCAUGUCUCGGGAGUGGAUUCGUACAGACGAAGUGGGCAUUGCUUCUCUCUGGUUGCCUGAUUUCCCGAUAGACUACAUGUAACUAAGUGACACACUGCUUUUCUUUCGUUAGUGUUUUGUGUGUGAGUGUGCGUGUGCGUGCGUGCGUGCCUGUGUGUGUGUAUGUGUACGCUCUGAGCACAUGUGUGUUAGUCUGUGAUGUGGUUUCAAACUAACGGAAAAAGUGCCUGAACCUAGUUUUAAGCUUCGACAGAUUCUUUAAAAAGACUUGAAUGUUCAGUUGAAACCUUUGGAGUUUGCUUUUUCCACCUAAAUAUUGUCUCUAAAAUUUUAGGGGAGGGGUUGAAAACCACCGAUGCUGGUAAUUUUAUAAGGUAUUUUAAAAUUAAGGCCUUUUGGUUCACAGUAAUUCAACUGGUGACGUAUUGCCCGGUGG